GGCAACUUCGUGACUUUCCUUCCCUACCUGGUGAAAAACGUAUUGAGUUUGGUUUCUCUAUGAACUCUUCGCGGUGGAUGAAGGAAAUGACUGCGAUGCAAUAUUAACUUGUAGAUAGCGGGCGAUAGCGGCGAUUAUCACUCAGGGCGGGAUCGAGGUUGUCGGUAAUCGUCUGCAACGUGUGUGAAUUACCGCGCCCAUGGCAGCGGGCGUGCGCACUUAGCCGACAGAUAGGCUGCGCGGGUAAGCAGACAAGCAGGCGAGAGAUAGUGUAGCUGCCGUGAAGUGUUCUUCUGUGUUACUCUACUGAAUAAUGUCUUCGUUGGGUGAAAGGUUGCAAGCUACGGUGGGCGGGACCUGUUGACAGGAAAGGCAAGCACGUUGACAGGGGGUUUCCCGGCAGAUCGAGUCUGCAUUGUGAACGUGUGCACGCCAAGGAAAAGAGAGAGAGAGAGAGAGAGAGAGAGAGAGAGAGAGAGAGAGAGAGAGAGAGAGAGAGAGAGAGAGAGAGAGAGAAAACACACACACACUCGCACAUCUGUCUCUUAUACACAUCUAGAUGUGUAUAAGAGACAGGACGUGGGCGGUCCUUGUCGGUGGUAUCGGACGAAGUGACGGCGAAAGAGAUGAAUCCUGCAAUGUUUGGCAGUACUGGUCUGUUUGGGCCAUCGGCGUCUGAGUUGGAUUCGUUCGAGAGGCAGGCGGAAGAUCUGUACGCGGAAUGGAGCGCGGCGAAUGCGCAAGCAGACUACUCUCAAGAGCACUCGUUGUUAGGAGAAUUGCUCGACGUAAGUCAAGUGUUAACGGAAGGCGUCAGCGCGAUAGUUGACGACAAUUUCACUCGGUGCUUCAAGUGCAAUCCCCCGGACGCGUGGAACUGGAAUAUCUAUCUGUUCCCGCUCUGGUGCAUAGGUGUUGUGGUUCGCUACUGUAUAUUGUUCCCAUUGAGGUUUAUGCUCUUGAUGGCUGGAUGGGUGGUAUUCUUGUCCCUAUUCAUACCAGUACAUUUCAUCCUAAGGCCGGGCAGGUUGAGGCAGAGUCUGGAGACGUGGCUGGUGGGGUUUAUGUGUGGCGUGUUUGUUGCAUCGUGGACGGGAGUUGUGAAGUACCACGGACCUAGGCCUAGUCGUCGACCAAACCAGGUUUUUGUUGCAAACCACACAUCCAUGAUCGAUUUCAUCGUUCUGGAGCAGAUGACCGUCUUUGCCGUCAUUAUGCAGAAGCACACCGGAUGGGUUGGGUUGCUCCAAACUACAAUCCUGGAGAGCCUCGGAUGUAUCUGGUUCAAUAGGACAGAAGCGAAGGACCGCGCCUUGGUUACGGAGAAGUGAGGUUCCUCUUUAUCUCACACGCGUCCUUGUGCGUUCGACAAACUCGUCAAACCAUCCAUUUGCUUUUCUGUUUCAUAAUGAUUUUGUAUUGUCUUUAAUUUCCACGUUAUUGCGUGUGUGGUAGUGGAGAGUAUGGGUGUGAACAUGCUUAUCAUCGGACAGGCAUGAUGCAGACCCCAGAACCAUUCGGGGGCGGCAACACCACGAUGUAGCAGGUCUGAAAUCAACCAACCUGGCGCAUAUGAAAACGGGACUUAGACAACGCACUCAUCACCGGAGUUGGGCGAGAGAACAAUAUGAUGCAGCAGGUCUGAAAGCAACCAACCUGGCUCAUAUGAAAACGAGACUUAGAGAAUGCACUCAUCAUCAUCACUCGAGUCGGAAAGUACGGCGCCAUACAUUGUGGGAAGAAAACCAUGCAUAAUGGCGGUAAAGACAGGAGGUCGAAGACGAUGAAGAAGAAGAGAAGGCCGAGAUAAAACCAGCCGAAAAUA